UUUACAUCAAAAAAAUUUAAAUAACCUCAAAUUUUGUCUACUCUCGAAAUCAAAAACACAUAAUCUAAAACCAUUUUUUUUUAGUUUUUAGACUUAUUUUCUUCGUAUUACUAAUAAAUUAAAACUCAUAAUGCCAUUAGAAGUCCAGGGUACAUUUGUAUCACAGAAAAUUAACAAAAUAAGGUGGAUACCGGAAGAAUACGUUGAGACGAAAUGCUUUUUCACCGGCAGUUGGGAUGAUUAUUGUAAUUCUGUGAAAGUUUGGACUUUCGAGAGCCUCAAUGAAGAAGAGGAGGUAGAAUAUCCUAAAGCACUAUCCGAAUAUCCCGUAGAUGGCGAUGUUACAGAGAUUAAGUUUGUAGACAGAACUAAAAUUGCUGUGUCUACGUCCAAUGGCGAUGUGAGACUACUAGAAGUUAGCGUGUAUGAUAAGCAAACUCCUCUGACGGAAUUAUAUUCUUGGAAAAAACUACAUAAUUUUGGAGUAGAACAAUGUUCAUGUACGGCACUGGACAUCAUUGAAGGUGACAUUGCCACGGCCGGAGAGGAUGGCAACCUGAACAUCUUGAACAGCAGGCGAGGAGACAUCACUCAAACUAUAAAGGGUGCAGACAGUUGUUCUGUGCAUUCCGUUUGUUUUAUCAAGCAUGCUGAGGUCAUAACGGGUAAUGUUAGAGGGCACAUGAAAAUAUGGGAUCUCAGAUCAGCGACCAACAAACCUUCAGCAUCCUUCCUCUUAGCUGGAGACGAACUUGCAGCCACAUGCAUCAUAUACCACCCAACACAACCACACAUCAUCCUUGCCGGCAGCGAAUCUGGAUCCGUAGCCGUAUGGGAUUUACGCAUGAACUCAUUCCCCACUUCCUUACUAAACGCUCACUCGGCUGGUGUCACUGAGAUGCAGUUUCAUCCAGAAAACCCUAACAAAUUACUAUCCUGUUCCGUUUCCGGAGAGAUAUGGGAUUGGAACAUGGAAGGCAUCACAAAGAGUUCGAAAGGACCAGAUAAUCAAGUUACUACAUUCAUGCCUUUAGAAGAAAAAAAUGCCAUGAUGGUGAAUUCUCUAAUGCCAGCAUUACACAAAGCAGUCAAUACUCUUCAUUGUGAUAAAGAUAGAAUUUUGUGUGGAGCGGAUAAUGAGGCGAUAUACUUAAUCAAGAAUUUUAAGUAUUAGGAUUUCGAAGCUGCCUGUCAACUGCAGUAAUAAGUAUUCCAUAUAUUUCUUUUCAUGAGUUUGAUCAAAGAGAAGACAAUUUUGUGUCACACUGUCAGUAGAAGAGUAGGCUGGUAUGCAAACCCAGGGCCCUGGAACUGAUAUAGAGGGUGUAACCGGGAACACGUGAAGAUGAGAUGGAGAAUGGUGUGGCAGCAACUGCACUAAAUUGGAUAUCAAAAUGCGGACUUUGAACGUCGGAAGGACGUCCUUCAAAUUCUCGUUCGCGUACUGAACGCUCAAAAUAUUUUUCAAAAAUCUUUCGCCAUUUGAAACUUUGUAAUUUUUCUUUUCUCUGCCAUUAAAAUACAUUCCCAAUUGCAUUUGUCUUCUCUGUCACUCUAUGUCUUCAAACUCGGAGUGCAUGUAAAUGAUACUAGAUUCUUUGCUAUUAUUUGCAUAGCACAAUUUGUUUUUAGUUUUCGUUAUUGUUACGAGUUCUCAUUAUUUUUAAGUGGUUUUUUAAAUAAAAUUAAUCUUGGAAAUAAUAUAAGUUUUAUUCAAUAUUGGAAGUAAAUACACUUACAAAAUAUCAAUAAUAUUUUAUUAAUAAUACACCAAGUCAGUCUUUGCUUGCUUAGUCAAAGUAUUGGUAAAAUAU